CGAACCACAGCUUUUUACAGCAGUUGCUUGGUUUUCACUCUAACAGUAUGUGUACUGGAAAAUGCUCCCGCAUCAUUGCGGCCUCGCUGUACCCAUUAGUGCUUUUGUCCAUCACCUGUAACAUCAUCCUGUUUUUUCCUGGCUGGAAAGUGGAUUAUGUCAAAGAGGGGCACAUUACUGAGGAGGUGAAGUACAUGGGGGGAGCCAUUGGAGGAGGCCUCUUGAUGCUGAUCCCAGCUCUUUACAUUCACUUGACGGGACAAAGGGGAUGCUGUGGAAACCGCUUUGGGAUGUUCCUAUCAAUUAUAUUCGCUGCAGUGGGCGUGGCUGGAGCGGUGUACAGUUUCAUUGCUGCACUGUUUGGCUUGGUUAAUGGGCCCCUCUGCCUCAGUGGCGGACAGUGGACGACACCUUUCAGAGACAGUGACAAAACUUACCUGACGGACCGCACGGUGUGGACGAAAUGCCAGGAACCACACAAUGUGGUGCAGUUCAACAUUGGAUUGUUCGUCACUCUGAUGGUAGCCAGCACUCUGCAGGCGGUGCUCUGCGCCAUUCAGAUAAUCAACGGUCUCAUUGGCUGCCUAUGCGGAGUGUGCUACAACAAGGAUGAAGUGUAAUCUCCAGGUCAGGAUGAGCGGUUCAAACCUGCUGGAAGUCUGAAGAAAGUGUUCCAACAUGGCAAAACCUCCACCAAUUUGCAUUUUGUAACUGUUAAUGUCUAAGAUGCUUCACGCUGUUACGAGAUACUAGGGUAUCAUUUGAAAUAAUUCAUGCUGAUCAUGUAGUGAAUUUGCAAUAAACUGGUUUAAAAUAAAGCAGCUGA